CGCCCCAGCCUUUCGCGCAGGCCCAGCCCCCCGGGGGUGGAGCCGCUCCUCCCCCACCCCCUCGCAGCGGGUCCUUGAUAAACCCGGAGCCGGGCCAGCGCGCCCGCCCCGUGCCGCCGGAAGGAGGGCGGCUCCGCAGCGUGUGCGCCCCUCGCCAUGGCGGCGCCGUCGCGGCUCCUGAUACGCGGUGGGCGCGUGGUCAACGACGACUCCUCGCAGGUAGCCGACGUGCUGGUGGAGGACGGCGUGGUGCGGGAGCUGGGGCGCGACCUGCUGCCGCCUGGGGACGCGCCGGCCGGGCUGCGGGUCCUAGACGCCGCCGGCAAGCUGGUCUUGCCUGGCGGCAUCGACACGCACACGCAGUUCCCCUUCAUGGGCUCGCGGUCCGUGGACGACUUCUACCAGCGCACCAAGGUGGCCCUCCUCGGUGGCAUCAGCCCGGCUUUGGCCAAGCCGGGCGCCCCCUACUCACUUUGGGUAUUUGUCCGGUUUACGGCAGCCUAUUCCCGCACCCUCGUUUCUCUGCACCCCUCCUCCCGAACCCCUCUUUUUCACUGGGUGUUCUGUGGAAGUCCACAAGUCCUCCAUAAAGUCGAUAGACUCUUUUAAGUCGACACUCCCAGACGUUUGUCCCCAUCAUCCAUCCCCAACCCAAAUCGAGUGAAAAAUCCAUUCACCCGGAAGUUACUGCCGUCACUCAAAAGUUGCCAGUGCGCGGAGGGUGAUGGUGAUGAGCCCACGCGUCCACAGUCUUUGCCUCCACCCACCAGCCGAAAAAGUACGACGCGGACAGGGGUUUCCAAGAGAACUGUUGCAGGAAUGGUCUGCCAGCACUCGCACUUGGCCUGUCCCCACCCCUUCUCCGACGUGCUUGCCCCGGGGACAUUAAACACAGACCCUGAUUCUUGCAGUUUGAGCACCUGCAUCUUUACUGAUGGUGUAGGAGGGUCAGAUCACAGGUCCCCAGGUGAGGGAGGCUUGGGUUUCUCUAGACACAAAGGCCUAGAGGCUCAGUCUAUGAAAAGAACCUUAAACGGAUCUUCAGAGCUCCCGAAACCAAGAUCAGGAGAUGAACAGGGCAGCCUUACAGGAACGUAAAGUUAAAACUGCCCGCAGCACUUUGGCCGGAGCCAAACCUACACCCUCCUUGAGGCUUGCGUUUGGGGAUGUGGUGGGAGCAACGGCUCCUUGCAAAGUGGAAGUAUCGAUACCCUUAAGGUCUAAAAUGUCACGGAUGCGCGGGUUUUUUCCUCGUGGGCCACGCCCUGGUGUGUGUGAAACAGAUCGGGCUGUUUAGUGCAGGUACAGGCUGCAAACACUUUCAGAGCAGUUUUGAGGCUAUAUCCGUUACCCAGCCGAUUUCUAACCGUUUUCCUCUCCUUACACCUCUCUCCCUCCACGUUCCCCAGUCCUCUAGGAUAGACCAGAAUGUUUCACAGAAAAGAGAACCAUCUGACCCAGAGAGAGGGGUCUGGGGCAGGCUGCUGACGCCAACAUUUGCAAAGCGUCCUCCUAUUUACUAAUUAUCAACCUUUAUCAUCAGGCCAAUGGUCAAAGUCGUUUGUAGGAAGGAUCGUUAUCUGUUUUGAAGAGUAUUCAUUUUUCUCUCUUGCUAAAACGUGAAAUUUGCUAAAUUUCAUUGAAUUUAUGUUGACAUUUAAAAUACGUUUUUUAGAUAUCCAAGCAAUACACGAUUAUAGACAAUUGGAAAAAAAUAAUAGGAAAGUAGAAAGAGGAAAAGUAUUACCCAUAAUCUCCCAGUCAGUGACAACCCACGUUUUGGUGUAUUGUCUUUAUGGUUUUCAUAUGCUUUAUUUUACAUAAUUGAGGUUGUAUUGUGCAUGUGUGUAUGAAUGUGUGUACCUGUAUUACAAAAGUUUUGUAACCUGUUGUAUUCAGUUAUAGUACAUGCACUUUCUGUUAUCACAGACUCGUCAUUCACUAAGUGCAUUGCUGAUGGCAGGGCAUUCCAUUGACACCCCCGUUUGCCAAGUGGGGACCUGCUGCUAUGGCUGACCAUCAGUCACCAGACCCACUAGCGUUAUUCCCCCUCAUUAUUUCCCUUUCUCUGAUCAGGGUUCCAGAUGAAGCAGCCAAGAAGAGGGGUUAGAAUGUUGCCCGGGCAGGACAUUCCUUCUCAUUCUCAAGUUUAUCUGUGCAUGCCCCAAGACCCUGGGAGGUGGUUCUUAGUUUUCUAUCUGUUCUUGGCCAUUCUGGGAUUCCAGUGUGGAGAGAUUUACGGUUCCAUACUUAGAAGGCAGGUUUUUGUAGCAUAUAUAUAUAUAGUCUGUUCUCACCAUUUGAAAGAACUUACUCACCAGUUGAUUCUGUAGGCGUUUCUGUACUUAAAGGUUGUCAAAACAUUAAUAAGACCCAGGACUUCAGAUGUAAAAGGUUUUAUGGAUAAUCCUCCUCCUCUUGAAAUAUUUAUAAUAAUCCAGGACAUACCUUCUGGUCAAUCAUAUCAUCUAGAUAAAUACUAUUUUUAGUUUUUAUUACUUAUUCAGUACCUAUGGAGUAUUACAUAAUGCAGUGUAGUCCAAUUUAUAUAUGAAAUACAAAUUUAAAGAACAGAAUUUGGUGUAUAGUGCACCUUUAUUUCUUUUAAACAUAGACAUAUUUUAAGAGGUGAACUUUAUCAACUUUACAUGGACAUAUCUUUUUGGAAGUGGAGUAUUAAGUUUGAAUAGAAUAAAGGUUUACAAAUGGAUAUUGGCUAAUAUAUGCAUUUAUAUAUAUAUACAUAUGUUAUAAAAAUAAUUUUGUUUUAUUCUCUAAAACAUCACAUACAUGUUUUCACCCUGGGAAUCAUUCCUAUGUAAGUCAGUGCCUUAAAAUAUAUAUGCUAAUAAACAAUAUUCAAUGUGCUACAAAAAUAAUUUAGUUAAAUUUUUAAAUGAACUUACCUUCUAGUUACCUCAUUUCAAUAUUUAUAGAUUAUAGGAAUGAAGUACAGGAAACUGAAUUUUACCUUAUAGGGAACUUGCAUUCAGGAGCACCAUCAAUUUUAGCCUGCAAUGAUUGUGCAAAUAUGUCUAAGAAAAGAAGCAUGCACUUAGAUGCAGAAAUUCUUCCAUCUUACAGCUUACAGUGUUUAAGAAGUUGAUCUAUAUGCAUAUAUAAUAAGAAAGCUUUUAAAAAUAUGCCUUUGAAAUUCAGUUGUUUAUACAAAUAUUUUUAGGACAAUAAGUUUGAAGAAUAUGACAAGAAUUUAGAGCACCAAAGUGUUUUUUUUUUUUAAUUGCCAGGUGGUUAAACAUCUUUGUCAUAAAGCUACAGUAAAGGCACUCAUGUGAAAUGUACAUGUGUGAGGUGUAAGAAGGGAUCUCCUCUCUUGGUUACACUAUUGCCAAUAGCUAUUUCAGUCUCGUGAA